AUGAUGCAACAUCAAUAUUGGGUGACCAAGAAAACUGUUUUAAAGAGAUUAGGAACCAAAGAAGACGAGUGCAUCGUAGCUUCCGAUGCUGAGCUUGAUGCAAAAUUGGAGUUGUUUCGAUCAAUAUCAGAUAGCUGUUUGCAAUUACAGCGUGUUUUAGAUCAGUAUCAGGAGCGACUUUGUAUUUUAGCCCAAGAAGAGAACGCUUUAGGCAAGUUUUUAAGAGACGCUGGUAAAAAUGGUGAUGCUGCAGGAAAACACAUGGUAUCAGCUGGCAAGGCAAUUUCCUAUUCAGGGCAGCAGCGUUUAUCUGUAAGACCGCCACUGUUGAGACUUUAUCACGAAGUAGAAACGUUUAGAUGCCGGGCCGUUAAAGAUAUGCGAACAACAGUAUCUGCGAUGGAAAAAGCUCGCAUCGAAUAUCGCGCAGCACUUAGCUGGAUGAAAUCAAGUAGUGCACAGCUAGACCCUGAUACUGGACGUGGUUUAGAUAAUUUUCGUAAAGCGCAACGGCAAGUUCGAGAGAGUAAGAAAGUUUUUGACAAAUUAACUCUUGAUGUACUUCAGAAGAUUGAUCUAUUAGCAGCAGCAAGAUGCAACAUGUUCUCACAUGUGUUAACGAACUAUCAAAGCUCAUUUAUGAACUUUACAAUUAAAACAGCCCAAACAUUGCAAGCUACUGUGGACACUAUGGCUGAAACACCACAAUAUGAAUUUUGCAUUUUAAAGAGUUUAGGAGAAAUAGAUCCUAAUCAAGAGGAAGAGGCUGUCCCAGACAAAGAUCAGAUGUUAUUCUUCCAAGAUGAUUAUAAAGAUGAAAAACAGGAUAAGCCUCAAACAGAAAUAGAAGGUAAAGUUGAAACAGAAAAGCAACCGUCCAAAGAAAAUAAUAAUGAAGAGCCAUCAACAUCAACUAAUUUAAUUGACACUGUAACUGAUGAACCUGUGUCCGAAAGCAAUGUCAAUGAAGAUUUGGCAGGAUUGCUACUGGAUAGUGAUAUGCCUGCUAAUUUUGGAUCUUUUAUGCCUUCACAGCUAUUACAGAACUUAAAUACAAGCUUACUGGAGGGAUCGUUGCCACCAAUACAUUCCAGUGCCAAACCAAAUCAGCCGAUUUCAAUGCAACCACAACCUGCUAAAUCUGUUCCAAAGAAAGACGAUAAGGCUGCCUGGUUCAAACUAUUUGCCGAGUUAGAUCCUCUUGCAAAUCCAGAUAGCUUACUGGGUUCUAAUAACAAUCAAAGUCAUGCAGCU